AUGUGGAGAAGCAUAGGACUCCGUCCAUUAUCCCAGCGCCAAAUUCCUGCUCGACUCGCGCUUUCUACCUUGAGAAGCAGAAAUGCUCAGCCCGGCCCUCGCGGUAGUAUAAUCAGGCCCGCAAGAAUUCAACCAACUCAAAAUACGCCUCAGCCACCGAAUUCCACAGAAGACGCAGAAUCAACCCCUCAAGAUGUCCCGAACCUCAACUAUGAACCGUCGCAAAACACUCUCCUCUCCCCAGUGCAUCUGCCAGAAGACCCGAAUGCGGUGCUCAAAGAGAAUCACCCGGCGACGAAUAUACUGGCAAAUUCUGGCCUGGUAGUCCAGCGACAAUUGGAGAUGAUGACUGUCAUGGUUGGCUUCGAACAAGCCAACAAAUACGUUAUUAUGGAUGCGCAAGGCAAUCACGUCGGAUAUAUGGCUGAGCAAGAGAAAGGAAUAUCCAAUACAAUGGCUCGGCAAAUGUUUCGCACUCGCCGAAGCUUCGUAACCCAUGUAUUUGACCGACACGAGAACGAGGUUUUGCGAUUUCAUCGUCCGUUCUCAUGGAUAAACUCUCGCAUACAAGUAUAUGAUCCUCUCGAUGUCACAACAGCCGCAUAUUCCUCUUCCUCCGCUGCUCUCCAGAACACCACGCCCGGUUCUCUUGUUUCAGCUGAGCCCUCCUCCAAGGCCCGCAUAUCAUCUCUAGGCUUUGAUGAAAUGCGAAUAGUCGGCGAAGCUCAAUCACAAUGGGCACCUUUACGACGAAAAUAUAACCUCUUCACAUAUCACCAGUCCCCUAAUUCAGCGACCGACAUGGGCACCGAGUCUUUCUCACUUCCCGAAUCGAAUCUUUCCAAGUCUCAACAAAUGCAGCUCGCUCAGACCUCUAACAAGGGCCUGGGCGAAUUCAAUCAAUUCGCUUAUGUUGACGAGCCAUUCAUGAGUUGGGACUUCCAUUUACGCUCGGCCGAAAAUAGACUGAUAGGGUCUGUGAACCGCGACUUUUCUGGCUUUGCGCGAGAAAUCUUCACAGACAUGGGUGUUUAUGCGCUGCGGAUGGACUCGGCUGGUCUUGGGCCCGAAGCUUCGAAUAAUGAGACUCCCCAACCCACCGGCAUGACUCUUGAUCAACGCGCAGUUAUACUAGCCACUGCUGUCACUGUCGACUUUGACUACUUCAGCCGCCAUAGCAGUUCAGGUGGCAUGGGCUUCAUGCCCCUAUGGUUCCCCGGCAUGGGAGGUGAGGCUGCCGGUGGCGCUGCUGGCGGCGCGGCUGGUGGUGCUGUCGGGGGUGUUGCUGGUGAAGCCGGAGCAGCGGGGACCGCUGGGGCUAUAGGCGAAGCUGCUACGGGUGCUGUUGGUCGAGCUGGUGCCAUGGGUGGGAUGGCGGAUGGUGUGGCAGCUGGUGCAGCUGGCGCCGGCACAAUGGCUGGAUAUGAAGCUAUGCAGCGCGGUAUUUCGGGUGGACAGGAAGGUGAUGCUUAUCCUGAACAACAGCCUGAUAUGAACCAAAGCGCGCCAGGACAACCUGGGUUCUACGAAGACUCAUGGCCUGAACAAGAACAGCAACAAGAGGACGUUUGGGGUGAAGAGGACCCUUGGCAAGAUAACGGCGGCGGGGAGGAAGGAGGAAGUGACUUUUCUGAUUGGUUUUAG